GUGGGAAACACGCGGGGGACGAGUCAGCCUGUCCGCCGCCGCCGGAGCCUGGCAGGCACCCUCCUUUCCUGCGCGCCUCCCGCACACGCUCCCAUCGUUUCCCCUCUCCAGGUUGCACCGCUCCCGGCUCCGAGUCAGCCCCGUCCCGGCGGCGGGGGCCGGGGCAGAGCCGUCCCCCCGAGAGCAGCGCCAUGUGAGGGGGGAGCCGCGCCACCGCCGCACAGGGCACGGCACGUCCAGGAUGUAAGGAGCCGCCCGCUGCUCGCACCCCGCCGCUGCCCGGCUGCCCGCGCUCUGUCGCUGCCGGACACUCGCCGGCGUCCAUCGCUGCGGCGGGCCAGCAUGACCGAGGUGAAAGCCAAGGAGCCCAGAGCGCCUCCGCCCGCCACAGACGGGGCGGUCCUGCUGCAGGGUCAGCCUGGCCGUGAUCCCUUCCGCGAGGAAGCGGAGUCCGUCGACAUCUCCCUGGACGGACUGCUUUACCCCAAGAGCAGCGACGAGGAGGAGGACGAAGAGGAGGAGGAGGAAGGGGAGGAGGAGGAGGAGGAAGAGGCGCAGCAGCAGCAGCAUCUGGGGCGGGAAGACGGCCGGGACUCCCUCUGCUACCAGCCAGGGAGCGGCUCCCUCUCGGUCAAGGACUCCCUGGACACCGUCCUGGACACCUUCCUGGCUCCUGCGGCUCAUGCCAGCUCCACCGUGGCCGCGGCGCCCUGGUCCUUCUUCGAGGCGGAGGAGGCGCCCGACGGCGCGAUGAGCAGCGGCGCCUCGCAGAAGACGGCCGAAGCCGCCCCGGGGGCGCCGGGCCCCUCGCAGCCCCCGCCGCGGCCCGCCGCGCUCUGGCCGCCCGGCGACGCCCUGGUUCCCGCCGCUAAGCCGCGGCCGGCGGGGCCGGGCUCCGGCGCGGAGUGUCCCGCCGCGGAGCCCAAGGGCGACGUUCCUGGUGUCGGGGCGCUGCCCGGCGGGUCCCGGGCGGGGGACCCGGGGCAGGAAUACCUGCACGUGCCGCUGCUGCCGCUCAAUUCGGCCUUCCUGGCGUCGCGCACGCGGCAGCUGCUGGACGGGGCGGAGUACGAGGGCGGCGCGGUGCCGCGCUGCUCGCCCCCCGCCCCGGAGCUGCCGGCCUACGGCUUCCCGCCGCCCGACGCCAAGGACGGGCCCUUCGCCUACGGCGACGUCCAGCCCGUCAUGAAGAUCAAGGAGGAGGGUCUCGGCCUCGCCGCCCGCUACCCGGGCGGCAGGGCCACCCCCGCGGCGGGCUGCCACGACUACCCGCAGGCUCCGCGGGCCGGGCAGGAGCCCUCGCUGGAGUGCGUCCUCUACAAGGCGGAGCCCACCCUGCUGGCCGGCGCCUACGGGCCCGCGGCGCCGCCCGACAGCCUGCCCUCCACCUCGGCCGCGCCGCCGGGGCUCUACCCGGCCCUGGGGCUGAACGGGCACCAGCCGCUGGCAUUCCCGGCCGCCGUGCUCAAGGAGGGCCUGCCCCAGCUCUGCCCGCCCUACCUGGGCUACGCGCGGCCAGAUACGGAAGCCAGCCAAAGUUCUCAGUUCAGUUUCGAAUCACUACCCCAGAAGAUUUGUCUCAUCUGCGGUGAUGAGGCUUCAGGUUGCCACUAUGGAGUACUUACCUGUGGAAGUUGUAAAGUCUUCUUUAAAAGGGCAAUGGAAGGGCAGCACAACUAUUUGUGUGCUGGAAGAAAUGACUGCAUAGUCGAUAAAAUCCGUAGGAAGAACUGCCCAGCAUGUCGCUUGAGGAAGUGCUGUCAGGCUGGUAUGGUCCUGGGAGGUCGAAAAUUGAAAAAGUUUAACAAAAUUAAGGUUGUGAGAACAUUAGAUGUUGCACUCCAACAGCCAGCAGCCCUUCAAGAUGAAAGCCAGGCUCUAACCCAAAGGCUGUCCUUUUCUCCAAAUCAAGAAAUACAGUUUGUUCCCCCAAUGAUAAGUGUUUUACGAGGCAUUGAGCCAGAAGUUGUCUAUGCUGGUUAUGACAAUACAAAACCCGAAACACCAAGUUCCUUGCUCACCAGUCUGAAUCAUCUUUGUGAGAGGCAACUUCUUUGUGUAGUCAAGUGGUCUAAAUUACUACCAGGUUUUCGGAAUUUGCAUAUCGACGAUCAGAUAACCCUCAUCCAGUAUUCCUGGAUGAGUCUAAUGGUUUUUGCCAUGGGAUGGAGAUCAUACAAACAUGUCAGUGGUCAGAUGUUGUAUUUUGCACCAGAUCUGAUUCUAAAUGAACAGAGGAUGAAAGAAUCAUCGUUCUAUUCCCUGUGUCUAUCCAUGUGGCAACUCCCACAGGAAUUUGUCAGACUUCAAGUAAGCCAAGAAGAGUUCCUGUGUAUGAAAGCACUGUUACUUCUCAACACAAUUCCUUUGGAAGGUCUAAGAAGUCAAAGCCAAUUUGAUGAGAUGAGAACAAGCUACAUCAGAGAACUGGUGAAGGCAAUUGGUUUGCGCCAGAAGGGCGUUGUGGCCAACUCACAGCGUUUCUAUCAGCUUACUAAACUGAUGGAUUCCAUGCAUGAUCUGGUGAAACAGCUCCAUCUCUUCUGUUUGAACACAUUUCUCCAGUCUCGUGCACUGAGCGUUGAAUUCCCUGAGAUGAUGUCAGAAGUGAUUGCUGCUCAGCUACCCAAGAUUCUAGCAGGGAUGGUGAAACCUCUUCUCUUUCAUAAGAAGUGAAAUGUCUUUUCUCUUAUCACAGAGAUGAUACCUGGGUCAUUUUUUGUUUGUUUAUUUUGGUCAAGAUUCUGCAAUGUCAGGACUUCAGCAUAUUUGACAUACUUACCCUGCCGACUGCUUUAUACCUGUAACAUACACAAGCCAUUCAAGCUUGAUGUACAUAUUGUGAGUUCCUGAUUCCUUAACUGCAAAAAUCACAACAGUCAUAAGAAAUGUUUUGUAAACUUGUCUAAGCUGCUUUUUAGAUAUGCAUAUGAAUGACAGUGAAUAGACUUUCCAGAUCUCUAACAACAGUUAUACAUUUUUCUUACACAUUGCACACUCUUGAAUUUCUGGUAUGACAUGGUGCAAAAUUUUUACUUUAGCACAUUGUGUGCAUGGGUACAUGUGGGCAUGUGCAUAAUGUAAGAUUUUGGAGGAAUUAAAAUAAAUAUUGCCCACAUUUUCUUACGGAUAUUUUACUUUUUAUUACUGCAAUGCCAUCAGAAAUAAAUCAUGUGCUAGGCACACAGUGUACAUUCAUACUCACAUCUGUGGUCAUGUUGCAUUGAAACUCUUGAUCCAGCAUACUGUUUUCUGCAUCAUUCAGUGGAGCUCUUCUUCAAAAAUCAGAAAGUUUAGGAAAAUUUCAGUGUGUAUUACACCAGAAGUAAUGUGUAUGCAAGCCCACUAAGCUUUGGUUUGUGUUAUUUUUCCUUAAAAGUUCAGCACUUACUAAAGCUAAAUCACUUAGCUGUAAUCCUAAAUUCAUCAACUCUUACAUUCUCUAUUUCAGAAGCUUUAAAUAGAGAUGUUUUCACUGACUGCAACUCUUAAUAAUCUUAAUGUUUUGAAUUCCAAUGCUGAACACUCAAUCAGCCAUUAGCAUCAAAUUAUAGUGAGAUCAGAUGCAAAAAGAAAUGGAAAAUAUGACUGCAAACAUUUUGAUACACAUCAGACUCAUUUCAGUAUGAUUUACUGGAGCUACAUAUUUUCUGUUUUAAAAGCACACCAUUAUAAAUGGAGCAGCUGUAAAAAAGGAAUUGGACUCAAUUAACUUUAUAUUCAUGUUUUACCAUAGAAAUGAAUAUUCAACUGAAAAAUUAUAAUGUGGUGAUUUUUGUUCCUUUGAUACAGUUAUGAAGCAACUCAUGCAUUUAAGGCAGUAAAUUUUAGAUAUAUUCAAAAAAACAGAGAAACAGAUAAACCUUAAGUAGAAUUUAUGAGUGUAUUAAAAUAUGACAGAUUUUGCCAGACAUUACAAAUUAUAUGUAAACAUAGGAAAUUGUGAGUCUUGUUUGGAUACUUCUGGCCUUAUGCUUUUGCUUUUGCCCAUGGCUCGUUAGAUGUCCCCAUUGUGUGCCUGUGUCCUGCUGGUGAUGUGUAGCUUGGCCUGUACAGACAUAUCCUUGUCACAUGAACAAAGGCCCCUGGAAUACAAGUUCAGUAUCCCCAGCUAAAUCAGGGUACCCCUCAUUAAAAGUAUAAGUGAUUUUGCUUGUUGGUAAAAAUUACAUCUUGGUUCUUGAAAAAACUGUGGACAACUGACAAAUACAGGAAUGUCUCUAGGUGUCCUUACUGGUCAUAUCAUAAUUUCCUAAAGUCAACAAAGAAGAAUCUACAUUACAACUGGGAAUAAGAGCAUUUUUGAGAUCCCCACAUACCAAUACAAAACCCACUAGAGCUGGUGCAAAUGUGUGACCCUAGAUAAAGUGGUAUAGACAGACUUCUGUGUUAGUUGACAAGGUUUGUCAUUUCUAACUGCCCAGGAAAGCAAUGUUCUUUGAUAUUCCAUACAGUCUGACUUUUAACUGUGAUCCUUAAAGCAAUUAUGUUUUAAUAAAUAGCACAAAAUUCUUUAUUUCUACAUCCUGAAGUUUUUUUUCUUUAUUUUGUGUUUGCAUUCAGUAAAUGUGAUUUUCAGUAAAAAAAUCCAUUUCAGUCAUUCCACUUUCAUGUAACAACUGUAUUUCCAUGCAUUCUUUUGGAAUUGAAGUAUUGCCACAUGAUUUACCACCGAGUAAGCAGAUUGUCUAUGUUACUGUUUAGAUUAAACUGAUAACAGAAACUUCCCACACUAAAAAUUACUCCUCAUCACACUAAUUUUGAAAUUAGAUGACAGAUCAGGCAGUAUGUUUGCCUUAGGAAUGCAUGAAUCUGCCUACAUCUGCGUUUUACUCAAUCCCUAAGUGGCUGACAUGUCACCGUGUCCCAUGAACUUGGCAGAUUAGUCUGAAAUGCACUAUAUUUGCCUCAAAGGCAUAAUCAAAAAGGAAAAAAAGAUACCUUUAGGGAAUAGAUAACAAAGCUUAAAAACAUUCUCAAAUUGUAUUUCUGAAAGACCUCUUACUCACAGAAAAAAAUUCCCAAAAGUUUGUGGUCAUGAUGAAUUCACUACACAAGAUAGAAUGAUUGGGGAAUUGUCUGAAAUCAUUAUGUGAUUGUGUGAAGUUUGGAAAAAAAAUCCAGCAAUGAGCCCCAAUUAUAAAAUGGCCUUUAAUGUUCAUUUUGAUAUUGUCAUUUGCUCUGGGUUAUGUAGAGACUGUGUAUAGUGGAAAGGGACCUGGGGGUGCUGGUUGACAGUGCCUGAACAUGAUCCAGGGUGUGCCCAGGUGGCCCAGAAGGCCGAUGGCAUCCUGGCCUGGCUCAGCCAGGUGUGGCCAGCAGGAGCAGGGCAGUGACCGUCCCCCUGUACCCAGCACUGCUGAGGCCACAGCUCCAAUCCUGUGCUCAGUUCUGGGCCCCUCAGUGCCAGAGAGUCACUGAGGGGCUGGAGCGUGUCCAGGGAAGGGCAGCGGAGCUGGGGAAGGGUCUGGAGCACAAGUGCUGUGAGGGGCAGCUGAGGGAGCUGGGGGUGCUCAGCCUGGAGAAAAGGAGGCUCAGGGGGACCUCAGCACUCUCUGCAGCUGCCUGACAGGAGGGUGUAGCCUGGUGGGGUCAUGUGUCAACGUCUUCUCCUGGGUAACAACUGACAGCAGGAGAGGUUGUGACCUCAGGCUGUUCUAGAGGAAGUUCAGGUUGGAUAUCAGGAAGAAUUUCUUCAUUGAAAGAAUGGUUGGUUAAGUGUGGGAAGGGGCUGCCCAGGGAAGUGUUGAAGUCACCAUCCCUGGAAGUGUUCAAGAGAUGACUGAACUUACUUCUGUGGUUUAGUUGACAAGGUGGACGUCAGUCAAAGCUUGGACUCAAUGAUCUUGGCAGGUCUUUUCUAAACUAAAUGAUUCUGAUUCUGUGAACAUUGAUCAAUACACCUGAUUUCUUCCUUCCCUACAGAAAUCUUGCGUAGUAUGACUUUUCAACCCUGCAGCAAUGUUCAGAGAGGAAUUAGUUGAUUUUUUUUUCUGAGUACAAGGUUUUAUAGUUGUAUGUGCUUAUGUCCUUUAAUAGUUUUUUAAAGAGCAAAGCAUUUUGGACCUGAGCUUUACAAAUAGGUCCAAAUAGACAUCUUGUAGUGCUUCUCAAUGUAUUAAGCAAGGCAGAAUGCUGGAUCUUCUUAUGGUGUGUUUAUACACUAGGAAUAACAGGUUUCAGCAGAUGGACUUCUUUUCUGACAUUUAGGAUGUGCCUGACUACAUUUUAAAAGUAUGAAACCUGUUGUAUCAGUUAGAAAGCUUGCCAGCCAUCUUCUACAGGCUUUUGUUUCAAGCUAUGACUAAAAGUUCUUCAUGCACUGAAUAAUGCAGGCUGUGUCUGAAGCUAAGCCUCUCCUGUUUUGUGCAGUUGAGCAUUUUUGACCAAAGCCCUUCAGCCUUACCUUCUGUUGGUGCUUGAGUGAAGCAAACAAACCAACCCAUGAAGUCAUCAGCUUCCUUUCAGCUCUGUGCAGGUAUCAUAUUUAUGGCUUUUAAACAAUGUUUUGGGGGUUGAGGUGCCUGGCCAUGGCAGCUCACCUGUGUUUGGAGAGGUGAGAACUCCAGCCCCUGCAAGCUGUUCUCUUUGUCUGUGAGUGCUCCGCAGUUGUGCUUGCUGUGGUCCAGGAAACACAAAAGAUCAAACACUUGGCUCAUGUUUUCAAAGAUCUCAGCUGUAUCCACAGUUGGGACCAGCCUUUAGGGGAGGAGGAAUGUGGGUUCCUUAACACCUAGUCCAUGACAGAAGGAAAUGUGUUCUGAAAAGUUUUCAGUUGAUUUCAUGGCACUUUGAAAUGGCCUGGUUAUAUGUUUGCAUAAUAAAUAUACAUCGUAAUUUCUGAUCUGCAGCUGUUUCUUCAGCUGCACAGGGGCUAUGCUUUCUCGUGCUAUAUGUGCAACAUAUAAACUUUCUCAUUGAAAGUGAGACCUAAAUUUGUGUUUUCUGACAGUCAAUGCCUUGUUAGUACCUUAGCUGGGUUUUUUUCUUUCUUUUCAAGUAGUUCUCUCUCCAUUACCUUUGCUGGGAAGGUGAGGUGCUUUCCUGUGUUCCUACAGACACCCAAAUAUUCAUCUCAGUUACCAGUGAUGUGCCAGGGGCAUGAACAGCAGGGGUCCUACAGGAAUCCUUCCUUCCUUCCUCUCCUCCCUGCCCAAAAUUAAGGUUGGUUUAUCUGCAGAGCAGGAGAGGAUGGGGCUGCACUCCCCCCAUGCAGUGCAGCUCUGAGCACACAUUUCUUGCCUUACAUGCUGUUUUGUGGCAGGCUGACCUUUCUUUCAUUCCAAGAAGUCAGCUUGCAGCCACAGAGCUUAAAUCCAAAGCCCUCCCAACUUUCCACGGCUCAGAAGCCUGUGAGCAUACUGCCAGGCUGGACUGUCAGCAUUGCUGGAUUUAUUGGUUUGUACUGCUUUGUGUCAUGGUGACCUGACUUGAACAGAGAUUUGCUUUUAGUUUAGCUCUCUUUUUCCCUUGGAAGAUGAAAAGGAAAAAAACUCUAAUAUUUUAGGUAUUUUUUGGUUUAAAAUUUACUUUUUUUUUUUUUUUUUCAAUGAACGCUAUUAAUUUAUUAGAUUGAUGUUAUUUGCAUGCAGAAUGGUACUGUAGCUUCUCAGAUGCUUGGACAGGAACAUGCAGUAAAAGGUGACUGCACAGAUAUUAAUAACUAAGUUAAAAUUUAUCUGUGUGUUUACCUUUAAGAGAAAAUAAAUAACACACAGAAAAUAGUCUUUAAGUGCUCUUGGAACUAUGCAGCAGUUGCAUAACUUCAAAUACAUGAGCAGUGCUGCUCCUUUGAUGAUUUUUUUGCUCACAUUUAGGAAUUGUUUUCCCUGGGUUGAGCCCACAGUGCUCUGUAUGGGGCAUUUAAGCAUGUAUAGAGGACAUCAGAUAGUGGUGAGCUUUCAUGUAAUUCUAGCAUAUCCUUUAAAACUGGCACCACUUCAAUUUCUUACUGGUGUGGGGUGGGCUCAUUAUAAAAAUACCAUCACGAGCCUUUUAGUCAUAGAUCAUGUUUUUCUGACCAUGAAAACUAUGUUACCUUUUCACCUCUAUGGGUACAAUAGUUCCACCAAUUUAACAUUCAGGCAUAUCAGUGAGGAAGUUCUCACAGUGUCAUUUAAAUAGUCUCACUCUAUUGCAUUUUCCCACACUCAAUUCAAAUACCUACCCAGCCAGUUCAUGACUAAAAUCUCAUUUUCCUUUGUGGAGGACAAAAAAAGAAAUAAAUCAUUGUCAGGAAAUCAGAACACUGCAUCAGUGAGCUUCAAACAAGGGGCUAGAUUGAAUGAGAAGCAGGUAGGGAGCAUAAUAAUCACCUUUGACUUUGCAUCAGAAAUAACUGGGCAGAGAAAUAGAGAGACCUUUGUGCUAUACAGGUGAGAUUUACGUGAGCAUCACCAUAAGCUGCUCAUUCCAGGGAUGUACAGUUCUCUCAGAGGCCUGUUUUCCAUAUGCUGGAUGGGAAUGUAGGAAUGCUGUUACACUUCAUACCCUGUAUUGUUGGGUGAUGUCCAGUGUGGGACUCUAAUCUGUGAUAUCUCCAGUUGGGAACAAUGUUCUCACUAUGGUGCUGCUCAAAGAAAUUGAUUUAUUCUGGCAGGCUGUCUUGGCUGUAUGGAGCAUGAAUAGGGGAAGCACCAGACAAACAUGUGCAUGGCAGUAUGAGCCCACAAAGGUGUGGGUGUGAUCUUACUGAGAGUAUUUGAAAAAGAAACACCUGGCCACCUGCAGUUAAUAUGUUCCCAACCAUUUCCCUAGAUUCCAGCAACAUUCCUAAGAGUAAAACAUGGAUUUUGAUGGAGGCAUAUUCUGUUGUGGACAAAGGACAACACACUUGACGAAAAUUUACCACUGUUAAAUAGAAAAAACAGUGACAUGAUGCUGUCAGGACAGGCUCUCAGCUCACCUAUGGGGCAUUACACACAAUGGAUGCGAAUAAUCAUCUUUUGGGACUGUCAUCACCACACACCAAGCAGUGGCAGCUGAGGAUGUCAAGGCUUUUCAUUUGAAAAUUUAGAUGUUUUGUAUCCUAAGGCUCAGCUUACAGUACAGUCACACUGCACUUGCCAAUUCAUUUCUUACAGUAAUUUUACACACUCACAUCCCCAGUUGCUGUUAGAAGCAGUUCCUAGUGAUGGCUACAGCCAGCUUAGGGUUUACUGGGAGACAGAAACUGCCUCCCUUUCUCAAGCUUCACAAUACAGGUCAUGUGUCUACUUGGCUGCCCAGAGCCAAAAGGUUCCGCAAAUCUGACAUUAAAAAAAAAAAAAACAAACAAGAAAACAAAAAGAACUCCGAACAUCUGAAAUUUUGAAAAUACUACUUAAUAAAGUUUUCCACUUAAAGUAUCCUUAAAAGCAUUCCCUGAAGACAGACAUUAAUUUUAAGAAAAACUACAUGAUAGAGAAAAGCACAAACCAAAGCUGGGCACUCCUGGAAUGCAUGAUCUGUUGAAGUUUCUGAAUUUCUUACAGCAUCUAAAUCCCAGUUUCAAAUACUUGGGAAACAUUUAUUCUCCCCUCCUUCCUGUGCACAAACCAAAGAGCUGGGCACUCCUGGAAUGCAUGAUCUGUUGAAGUUUCUGAAUUUCUUACAGCAUCUAAAUCCCAGUUUCAAAUACUUGGGAAACAUUUAUUCUCCCCUCCUUCCUGUGCCUUCAACACACCUGCUUUUCCCAAUGGGUUUCUUGGAUGUGUAAUACAUUAACACUUUGUAGAGUCUUUGUAAUCCUUAAUGAUAAAAAUCUGUAGAAAGACAAAUAAUCCUUAAUUUUGGGACAUCUUUGGACUGGUCUUCAUAUUUCUCUGUAUUUAACAUUCAGGAUCAUGAUAGAUACAAUUUAUGCUUUGCUGCUAUUUUUAUUUUUUUGGAAAAAAAGACUUGUAUAAGAUUUCUGUAUUUUCCUCUUGAGGAGCUUUCAUCUCUAUAUUUGUACAACUGAAAUAAUAGCUU